AUGUCCCCUGAGUGCGCGCAGGCGGCGGGCACUGCGCCCGUGCGCAGCCUGGAGCGGGCCAACCGCACCCGUUUCCCGUUCUUCUCCGAUGUCAAGGGCGACCACCGGCUAGUGCUGAACGCCGUGGAGACCGUGGUGCUGGCACUCAUUUUUGUGGUGUCGCUGCUGGGCAACGUGUGCGCUUUGGUGCUGGUAGCGCGCCGACGGCGCCGCGGCACCACCGCCAGCCUGGUGCUCAAUCUUUUCUUCGCGGACCUGCUCUUCACCAGCUCCAUCCCGCUCGUGCUGGUUGUGCGCUGGACGGAGGCCUGGCUCCUGGGCCCGGUUGCCUGCCACCUGCUCUUUUACAUGAUGACCCUGAGCGGCAGCGUCACCAUCUUCACGCUGGCGGCAGUCAGCUUGGAGCGCGUGGUGUGCAUCGUGCGCGUGCAGCGUGGCGCGCGGGGCCCGGGGCGGCGGGCGCGGGCCGCGCUGCUCGCGUUGAUCUGGGGCUACUCGACCAUGACCGCGCUGCCGCUCUGCAUCUUCUUCCGCGUCCUCCCGCAGCGGUUACCCGGCGCUGACCAGGAAAUUCUGAUUUGCACACUGGUUUGGCCCAGUAUUGGCGGAGAAAUCACCUGGGAUGUGUCAUUUGCUAUUUUCAACUUCUUGGUACCAGGACUGCUUAUUGUGAUCAGUUACUCCAAAAUUUUACAGAUCACGAAGGCAUCCAGGAAGAGGCUCACGAUGAGCCUGGCCUACUCAGAGAGCCACCAGCUGCGUGUGUCCCAGCAGGACGUCCGGCUCUUCCGCACCCUCUUCCUGCUCAUGGUAUCCUUCUUCAUCAUGUGGAGUCCCAUCAUCAUCACCAUCCUCCUCAUCCUGAUCCAGAACUUCAAGCAGAACCUGGUCAUCUGGCCGUCCCUCUUCUUCUGGGUGAUGGCCUUCACGUUUGCCAACGCGGCCGUCAACCCCAUUCUCUACAACAUGUCCCUGUUUAGGAACGAGUGGAGGAGGUUUUUUCACUGCUGCUUCUUCUUGGAAAAGGGGGCCAUGUUGACAGACACGUCUGUCAGGAGAAAUGACCUGUCUGUUAUUUCCAGCUAG